AUGGCACGCGAUAAUUACAAAGACCAAGGGACGGCUAUAGAGCUCGAAAACUCUAACCCCCAUCAAACAGAAGCCCAAACCCCCCUGAAAAUUGCAGAUGGCGAUGAAGCACUCCAAUUUCUCCAUGAAGGGUUUGAGCCCUACACUGAAGAGGAGGAGAAACGAAUCCGACGCAAGAUUGACAUGCGAUUGGUCAGUCUCAUGCUUUUAGUAAAUGGUAUCCAAUUUAUCGACAAAAAUACCAUGUCAUCUGCAGGAACAUACGGCAUCAUCGAACAAGCAAACCUCAAAGGGCAGGAAUUUAGCCUGCUGACAAGUAUUUUCUACAUCGGGUAUAUUCUUGCUCAAUACCCGACAAAUGUUCUCAUGCAGCGCUUCCCAAUUGGGAAGUACAUUAGCGUGAACUUUUGUCUGUGGGGGGUUGUUCUCGCGACCAGUACUGCUGCCAAAAAUUUUGCAGGUCUAGCAGCUGCUAGAUUCUUCCUUGGGGUAUUCGAGUCAUGCCUUAAUCCGGGAUUUGUUCUCAUCACGUCAUCUUGGUGGAAACGCGAAGAGCAGGCUAGUCGUCUCGGACUCUGGUACAUGGCCAAUGGCCUAAUUGGUGUUCCAUCUGGUUUUAUUUUCUAUGGAAUUGCGCAUCUAAAUGUCGAUCAUAUUUAUGCGUACCAAUGGAUGUUCUUAAUCUUUGGAGUGGUUACUGUUAUCUUUGGAACCUCUCUCUGGUGGAUCCUACCCGAUUCUCCAUUGACAGUUACCUGGUUAAAUGACCGAGAACGCUUGAUUGCUAUCGAACGUCCGAAAAGCAACAAGACUGGAGUCAAGAAUAGCCACCACAAACACGAACAAGUCAUGGAAGCAAUUCUCGAUCCCAAAAUCUGGUUGCUCGCUCUGGCAAUCUUCUUCCACAAUAUGACAAACAGCUUGCAAACAACCUUCUUGGGAAUCCUGAUCAAAGGUUUCGGGUAUACUACCUAUCAGAGUGUGUUGUUGAGCGUCCCCAUUGGCGCCAUUCUAUCCUUCACUAUGCUCAUUAUCGUCGUUGUUCUCAACAAAUGGGAAGGAAAGCGGAUUUUUGCUAUCAUCAUCUGUUAUAUCCCCGGCAUUGUCGCUUGUGUUAUUUUGUACACGGUACCGAUCAAGGCGUCAACAAAAUCCAUUCACUUGUUCGCCAUAUACAUUCUGCCCAUCGUGGCUGCUGGGGCCGGUGUCUUAUACUCCCUUCUCGCCAGCAAUGUUGCUGGAUACACGAAGAAAGUUGUAUCGGGUACAAUUUUUUUCGCGGCUUCCUCUGUGGCUAAUAUCGUCUCGCCACAGACGUUCAUUACACGUGAAGCUCCAAGAUACCAGACAGGCAUUGCCGUUGCUCUAGCCUCAUUCUGUGCUAAUGUUGUUUUAUUUAUUUCCCUUUACGUGAUCUAUUACAGAAUCAACAAAGCGAGGGAUAAUGACCCUGACGGGGCGAUAUCCACUGAUGCGACCGAGGAUCUAAUUGAGUCGUUCUCGGACAUGACAGACACACAGAACAAGAAGCUACGGUACAAGAUGUGA